UCCCUCAUACUGGACAAAGGAUGCUAUAAUUAAUUUUAAGAACCCCAUUUGUCAACAAGCGGGGAUAGCUCAGUUGGGAGAGCGUCAGACUGAAGAUCUGAAGGUCACGUGUUCGAUCCACGUUCACCGCAUUCCUUUUGUACUUUUUUUUUUUGCUUCAAAAACCCUGUCCUAUUUCUCUCCAAAAAUAUUUUUACUCUCUUUUCAGAUUUCUCCAUUUUCUUUUUCCAAACACAGACCUUCAACCUGCCCGAUUCGUCGCUGAUCAGGAGGAGCUCUUACAUCUAUUAUCUUUUCAGAAAAUAGCCUGAGACCUUCAAUCAUUUACUAAGCUUGUGAACUGAAUCCAUUCAGAUCAAGGCCAAGAAAGAGAAGGGAUUUGAAUAUAAAUGGCAGCUAUUUACAGCCUUUACAUCAUCAAUAAAUCAGGAGGGCUUAUCUUCUGCAAGGAUUAUGGGUCUGCUGGGAAAAUGGACACAAAUGAUAGUUUGAGAUUGGCUAGUCUGUGGCAUUCUAUGCAUGCUAUCUCUCAGCAGUUGUCCCCAGUUAAUGGUUGUGCCGGUAUUGAACUCCUUCAAGCUGAUACGUUUGAUCUCCAUUGCUUCCAAUCUCUUACCGGAACAAAAUUCUUUGUGGUCUGUGAACCUGGUACUCUGCAUAUGGAGAGUCUGUUGAAGUACAUCUACGAAUUAUACACUGAUUACGUCUUGAAGAAUCCCUUCUAUGAAAUGGAAAUGCCUAUACGGUGUGAGCUCUUCGACUUAAAUUUGUCACAGGCAGUCCAGAAAGAUCGGGUUGCCCUAUUGGGAAGAUGAGCUUCUCAAGUUCAUAAGCCAUAAGAUGUUGGUUGAUCUAUAAUAUGGUAAAUUUUGUUGGACAGGUCCCAUUAGGACAUCUGUGAUGUGUUUUUUCUUUGUUGUUACUGGACUCUUGAAAAAAUCAUUUUGAGAACAGCAACCCCUCAGUUAGGAUUUGUUAUGCAACACUGUCAGGGUUGAUGCUCUUCAGUCA